AUGUCGGCCACAGGAACUGUGAUGAAGGUGUCCGGCCCCUUGGUGGUCGCUGAAAACAUGUCAGGCACGAAGAUGUACGAGGUGGUCCGAGUGGGCAAGGACCGGCUGGUGGGUGAGAUCAUCCGGCUCGAGGGCGACACGGCGAGUAUCCAGGUGUACGAGGAUACCUCCGGCUUGACAGUUGGCGACCCCCUGGUGAAGACGGGUUUGCCACUUUCCCUGGAGUUGGGUCCUGGAAUCCUUGACGGAAUCUAUGACGGCAUCCAGCGACCACUGGAGCGAAUUCAGCAGCUUGCACAGAGCGUCUUCGUCCCGCGAGGGGUAGAUGUGCCAAACCUGGAUCGCGAGAAGCAGUGGGACUAUACGCCAGAGAACAACAUCAAGGUGGGCGACCUGGUCACCGGAGGUGAUGUCGUCGGCGUGGUUCGUGAGAACGGGCUGUUCAAGAGACACAUGAUCAUGGUUCCCCCUGGCGUGAAGGGACGCGUGACCAAGGUGAUGCCUGCGGGCAAGUAUACAAUCCAGACGGCUGUGGUAGAGGUUGAGGAGGCCGGAAAAGCGAUGAAGGUCGAGCUGUUCCAGAGAUGGCCAGUGCGAGAGGCACGACCUGUUGUGGAGAAGCUCCAGGGUAAGGAAGCCCUGCUUACCUGCGAGCGUGUUAUCGACGCUCUUUUCCCCGUCACUCUGGGCGGUACGGCAGCAGUGCCGGGAGCCUUCGGGUGCGGCAAGACGGUCAUUUCGCAGGCAUUGUCGAAGUACUCGAACGCUGACUGCGUGGUCUAUGUCGGAUGCGGCGAGCGUGGCAAUGAGAUGGCAGAAGUGCUCACAGACUUCCCCGAGUUGACGACCAUGAUCGACGGCAAGGAAGAGCCAAUCAUGCAGCGAACCACCCUUGUGGCGAAUACGUCGAACAUGCCGGUGGCUGCGCGAGAAGCAUCGAUUUACACAGGCGUGACAACGGCAGAAUACUUCCGUGAUAUGGGCUACAACGUAGCCAUGAUGGCGGAUAGCACCAGCCGAUGGGCCGAAGCACUUCGAGAAAUUUCUGGACGACUGGCAGAGAUGCCGGCAGAUGCCGGCUACCCUGCCUAUCUAGGAGCGCGUUUGGCUUCGUUCUACGAGCGAAGUGGCCGCGUUCAGUGCCUCGGAAACCCACCACGUGAGGGCUCCAUUACCAUCGUUGGCGCAGUGUCACCGCCAGGUGGCGACUUCACGGACCCAGUGACAUCCGCGACGCUGAGUAUCGUCCAGGUCUUCUGGGGCCUUGACAAGAAGCUGGCUCAGCGAAAGCAUUUCCCUUCGGUGAACUGGAACAUCUCCUUCUCCAAGUACAUUCGCAUCUUGGAGCCGUAUUUCGAGAAAUACGACGCAGAGUACAGCACGCUCCAGCAGAAGAUGAAGGAAAUCCUGCAGAAGGAGGAUGACCUGCAGGAAAUUGUGCAGCUGGUCGGAAAGGAUUCCCUUUCCGAAGAUCAGAAAUGCACCCUGGAAGUUGCAAAGAUCAUCCGCGAGGACUUCUUGCAGCAGAACGGCUUCACGGACUAUGACUUCAUGUGCCCGUUGGCCAAGACCAUCGGCAUGAUGAAGGUCAUUGUUGGCUUCCACGAAGCUGCCCAGAAGAUGAUGGCGGAGUAUUCUGGCGAGCACAAGGUUGGCUGGAACACCAUCGCAGUCGCGAUGAAGGACAUGAUCAAGAAAAUCACCGACAUGAAGUUCGAGAUGCCCCGCCAGUCCGAGGAGCACUACAAGCGCACCUUCGUGGCUCUGCACGACGAGGUGCUUGCUGCCUUCAGAACGCUGGCCGAGGUGCUGGCAACCAGACGGUGCUUCGUCUUCGCUCCAGCGCCUGCUCCUCCACAGACAGCACCUGCCGGAUUUCGCCUGGCACAACAGGUGUCGCACACGGUUGUGCUUCGACUCGAUGCCGAGUUGCAGGCAUUCUCGUUGCUGCGAUUGGGGCAUGCAGGAGCAAUCUUGGAGCAAUACUGGCACUUCCAGUGUUGGAUGGUGCUACAUCGUCUGCUCUCCGUGGUAAUGUCUAUACUGACAACGUUCCUCGCAAUCCUUUGGCGGCGCGGCCAAACUGGAGCUGUUGUCUGGCGGCUGCCCGAGCUGACAGGAGCCAUUCGGCCGCAUCUGGCCUGGCAUCCAGACGCGGCUUGCCUGGCCUCGGUAUCGCCUGCAGGGCACGUGGCCGUGCACAGUCUCGUCGGCGAGUCAACAGAGCACCUUCACGUUCAAGGAGAUGGUGCGUGGCCCGUGGUUGCAGUUGCCUGGCAGCCCUGCGACCUCAGCAGCUUAGCUGUGGCCGGACCUCUGGGUCUCUGCUUCUGGCGUCGAAAAGGCAGCUGGCAACGGAUAUGGUCGCUGCAGGGGGAGGCCUUCGCCUCCUCCGCCCUGGCUUGGUCUCCUGACGGUCGAGCUUUGGCUGCCGCCGGCCCACUCGGUGUUGUUCAUAUACUUGGACCUCACAGCGCACUGAUCGGUGAGCAGGUGGUUCCUAGCCAGUUCACGCGCUUGCAGCGAUGGUGCAGCGGAGGUCUGGCAAAGUGCCUCGCAUGGUCCCCGGAUGGUGCCCUGCUUGCAGUUCUGCACCUCCAAGAAGACACGGAGCCCUCCGUGCGGCUUUGGAGCACUCGAAGCUGGGAGGUGGCAGCCGUAGUCGGCCUGGGCGCACUGCGGCCGUCAGGCUCUGAACUAGGUGUGUCACUGGCGUGGAUGAGCUCCGAGCUGCUGCUCGCCACUGCGUCCCUUCACCUCGUUGAAAUUGCAGUCCGAGGCGGCACUGCAUCGAACAUCGGCGCUGCUCGCCUUGGCGAGGACACUUCAGGCUUCUUUGCAGCCGGCUCCGAGCCGGGCGUCCGCGUCGUAUCACUUCCCGGCCAGGAAGCACGGAGAGUGCUUGAAGUGAGCGUCUGCCCGCGAUCAGCACAACGGCUGGCUGUUCGCCUUGAAGGUUGCAGAGAGGUGCUGGUGUAUGAGCGCCCGACUUGUGGUUUGGCUGGCUGGUCUCAUCGAGAGCUGAGCCCCUGUGGCAUCCUGGCCGCCGAGGGUGCAGCACCUGCUACUCUUGCCUUCGCAGCACAUGCAGUGCAGCGAAGCGGAUCAGAAGGUUCGCUGCUGGCCGUCUACUGGUGUUUGGACAACGGACAGCAUGAGGUGCGAACCUACCCCAUGCACUUCAUCCCGGCGCAGGUCUUGCAGACCAGCACGGUCGGUUCCUGA